AGACACUUCCACACGAAAAUAGUAACAUUCACCUGUUUACCGAGGCACCCUACACUCCCUUGUAUUGACUGUUUGGCACAGAAAAAGUCGAAUAACAACAUUAGUAACUUACUUUAAAUGGCCAGCACUCUGAAUUGGAGGUUGAAACGUUAUGGACGACUUAUUCCAGUCUCGGGUGAAACCGGCAAGAGGGAAUCCUGGAAAAUAUUUGAAGCAACAAAGAAUGAGCCUGAAAUUAUCGCCACGAUCGUGGACUCUGGAUACCUGAUGGUCUUGCAGGGACAGGAAUGCUUGGAGACAAUUCCUCUGAUUAAUGCCAGCGAUGUUUUCAAAGUCCACCAGAAAUCAGACAACCUGCUGCUUCGCAAUACUGUGAAGGGAUCGGGCCGCGUGAUCAGGAUGCAGUUUGACGGCAGGAACAAGACACAGGCCAUCAAAGAGUGCUCAAGUGCUGCAGAAAAACUCCGGGAGUAUCUGCCUGUCAACACUCUCGAUGAUGCGCUGCCACCAAAUAAUCAGCCACCCACUGAUGUCCCUGCACCGAUGACACAGCCGUGUCCGCAGCAGGGUGAGGCCGCUGGAGGCGAACCAGAGGUUGCCCAUGGAUCACUGUCCAUCAAGCGUCUUGCCCAGAACCUCUUGGGAGAGAUGCCUCUGGCAUUACCUGGGCUGUACCGUCACGCAUCUUCAGAACUUAAAGACCUGGACGCCUUCGUGCGCAUAUGUCUGUUGGAUCCCAGCUUCCCCGCUUUGGUGGAGCAGGUGGAAGGCGAGCUGAGGAAAAUACUCGAGGAGUGAAUCAUCAUUGACAACUGAAGGCAGAGAGGAGGUCAAGUCAAUGCUGCGCUUUUGUGUUUGUUUGCUGUUUUUCCCACGCCGUUCCCUACGUAGGAGUUCACUCGCUUUGCGCUGCCAAUGUCAACAGCGUCGUGGUUAUACAUUAGCACGUACGGCAUUUCAUAUUGUUGAUUAGAUUAACGCAGCUUUAACAAAACUCAAUUCCGUUUUUGGUUUUUUAUUUUUUUAUUCAGAAAAAAAAUAGUGGUCUGAUUCAUAUGUUUCAUCGUGGCUAUAUACUCUGUUCCUUCUGUUCUCACAUCAAUUCAGGUCCGUUUCCCACCGCAACACACAUCAUCAUACAUUGUAUUGAAAGGAGGAGUCAUGCAGCUACAGCAGUUAAUGUCGCUAUGCCAGCAUCCAAGGGAUCCCACGAUAUUAAAGCUUGACUGUUUGAAACAAACUGCCCUCCAUUUAAUCUAUUCAAGAAUACAUUUUGCAUAGGAUUAUAGCCAUGCUAUAUAGUCAAAUAAAAUUAGAAAAUAAAAAUAAAUUCAGAAAUGUUUAAAAAAAA